AUGUGUCCAAAACAUACGUCACGUCAACAAAAGAAUGACAUUAAUAAUAAUAACAAACGUCAUGAAAGAGAUACUCGUCGACAAGAAAAAAAAGACCGUAAUACUAAACAAUAUUUAAAAGAUGAUGGAAAUGCGGAUAAAUUUCGUGAUCAAUUACGAACAAUUGGUUUAGAAUUACGUGAUGUUGUUGGUGAUGGAAAUUGUUUAUUUAGAAGUUUUGCUGAUCAAAUGGAUGGUGAUGCUGGAAGACAUGCAAUGUAUCGAGAACAAGUAUGUGAUUAUAUAUUAAAAAAUCGACAAGAUUUUGAACCAUUUAUUGUUGAUCAACCAUUUGAUACAUACAUAAAAUCACUCGCUAAAGAUGGUACAUAUGCUGGAAAUGAAUCUAUUGUUGCAUUUGCUCGUUUACACAAUGCUAAAAUAUGUGUACAUCAAUUACAGCAACCAGUAUGGGUUGUCUCUUUUUCAAAUAAUCCUAAAUAUGAAUUUCACAUUUCUUAUCAUAACUUUGAACAUUAUUCUAGCGUUAGACGAUUAGGUGAUGUAACGUCAGCAUCAGCCAAUGUUCGUUUAGAACCAACGACGACUGCUAAAUCUGUGACAACUUCAAAUUUUACAUCGAAUUCAGAAAAAAAUAAGAAAGAAGAAGCGUCAAAUGAAUAUUCAAUUAAUGAACAUGAUAUAUCGUAUAUAAUAUCACAAACAAAUACGAAUGAUAAAAAUCUAAUACAUCAGACAUUAAUAGAGUUUAAUAAUGAUAUUGAGUCAACAAUAGCCUAUCUUUUAGCAAUAACAUCGACUAAGGAAGAAGUGUCAAAUGAAUAUUCAAUUAAUGAACAUGAUAUAUCGUAUAUAAUAUCACAAACAAAUACGAAUGAUAAAAACCUAAUACAUCAGACAUUAAUAGAUUUUAAUAACAAUGUUGACUCGACAAUAGCCUAUCUUUUAGCAAGAACAUCGACUAAUAAUAAUGAUUCUGAUUAUAUAUCGGAUACAUGUGGUGAAAAUUUACAAAGAAUUAUGUCUAUUACAGGCAUGUAUGAUCCUGAUUUGAUACAACAGUCAUAUAUGGUCAAUAAUUCAGAUGUUGAUUUAACAAUUCAAUCAUUACUAGCAAUGACAAUUGACAAUACAGAAAUAAAAAAUGAUGAUAAUGAAUAUAUUGAAAUACCUGACAAUACUCUGACACCUUCGUCAUCUACAUCUUUAAAACCAAAUAGCAGACAAAAGAGAACACAAAUGAAAAAAGACAAGAAACAACGUGCUACGGAAAGGAGGCGUGCAGAAAUACAACAGCAACAACAGCAGCAAUCGAAUGAUAAAAAUACUAAAUCUUCAUCUUUGCCAGUAUGUAAAAGUGAAGUGGAGGCGAAUGUUGUUGAACAACCGAAUCCUAUUGUUAAUAUUGAAUUUAUUCAGAUUUAA